GGGGCGGCGGCGCCGGGAGCACGAUGCGGCCGCCCGUAAUUAAAUAGCAUUUACUCUUAUUAUUACUAAUAAUAAUAACGUAAUCAUACCUCUAGUCAUAGCAUACCAUUUAUCGGGCUCGGCGCAGGCCCGCGGGGAGCGCAGCCCGGCGGAGAGACUGAUGGAGAGGCAGAGACGGAAGGCGGACAUCGAGAAGGGGCUGCAGUUCAUUCAGUCGACACUACCCCUAAAGCAAGAAGAGUAUGAGGCCUUUCUGCUCAAGCUGGUGCAGAACCUGUUUGCUGAGGGCAAUGACCUGUUCCGAGAGAAGGACUAUAAGCAGGCCCUGGUGCAGUACAUGGAGGGGCUGAACGUGGCAGACUACGCCGCCUCCGACCAGGUGGCCCUACCCCAGGAGCUCCUGUGCAAGCUGCACGUCAACAGGGCCGCCUGCUACUUCACCAUGGGCCUGUAUGAGAAGGCGCUGGAGGACAGCGAGAAAGCGCUGGGCCUGGAUGGUGAGAACAUCCGGGCACUGUUUCGCAAGGCCCGUGCCCUCAGCGAGCUGGGGCGCCACAAGGAGGCGUAUGAGUGCAGCAGCCGGUGUUCCCUCGCCCGGCCCCACGAUGAAAGUGUAACUCAGCUUGGUCAGGAGCUGGCUCAGAAGCUUGGGCUUCGAGUUCGGAAAGCAUAUAAGAGGCCCCAGGAACUGGAAACAUUUUCUCUGCUCAGUAAUGGCACUGCGGCUGGCGUGGCAGAUCAGGGAACUUCCAAUGGAUUGGGCUCCAUAGAUGACAUCGAAACAGACUGCUACGUGGACCUGCGAGGCUCCCCGGCCCCCCUACCCUCUACCCCCACGAUGCCCCUGUUCCCUCAUGUUCUGGACCUGCUGGCCCCCCUGGACAGCAGCAGCAGGGCCCUCCCUGGCGCUGAGAGCCUGGACGACUUUUCCGACGGGGAUGUCUUUGGGCCGGAGCUGGACACCCUCCUGGACUCACUGUCCCUGGUCCAGGGUGGCCUGCCUGGCAGCGGCGUGCCCAGCGAGUUGCCCCAGCUGAUACCUGUGUUCCCCGGUGGGACCCCACUGCUGCCACCUGUAGUGGGUGGCUCCAUCCCCGUCUCCAGCCCCCUGCCCCCGGCCUCCUUCGGCCUCGUCAUGGACCCCUCCAAGAAGCUGGCUGCCUCUGUGCUGGACGCCCUCGACCCCCCAGGCUCGGGACUGGACUCCCUCGACCUGCUGCCGUACUCGGAUACACGCUUGGAUGCCCUCGACAGCUUUGGCUCGACCCGUGGUGCCCUGGACAAGCCCAACUCCUUUGUGGGGCGGGUGACCCCUGUGUCUUCUUGCCCAGAGGAAACCAACUCACAGGACCAUCGUCCCCCAAGUGGUACGCAGAAACCAGCCCCCUCGGCUGGCUUCAGUGGCUCCAGCCAGGGUCCGGUGCCCAAGACGGCCAACCUCCUCCUGUCACAGCCCGAGCCCUCCAUGCCCAACACCGCCUUGCUCAUCAAGAACCCCUUGGCUGCCACCCAUGAGUUCAAGCAGGCCUGCCAGCUCUGCUACCCCAAAACAGGGCCCAAGGCGGGCGACUACACCUACCGCGAGGGCCUUGAACACAAGUGUAAGCGGGACAUCCUGCUUGGCCGGCUCCGGAGCUCCGAGGAUCAGACCUGGAAGCGGAUCCGGCCCCGGCCCACCAAGACCAGCUUUGUGGGCUCCUACUACCUGUGCAAAGACAUGAUUAACAAGCAGGACUGUAAGUACGGGGAUAACUGCACCUUCGCCUACCAUCAGGAGGAGAUCGACGUGUGGACAGAGGAGCGGAAGGGCACCCUCAACCGGGACCUUCUCUUUGACCCACUGGGGGGCGUCAAGCGCGGCAGCCUCACCAUCGCCAAGCUCCUUAAGGAGCACCAGGGCAUCUUCACUUUCCUCUGUGAGAUCUGCUUCGACAGUAAGCCCCGGAUCAUCAGCAAAGGCACCAAGGACUCCCCGUCGGUCUGCUCCAACCUGGCUGCCAAGCACAGCUUCUACAACAACAAGUGCCUGGUGCACAUCGUCCGCUCCACCUCCCUCAAGUACUCCAAGAUCCGCCAGUUCCAGGAGCAUUUCCAGUUCGACGUGUGCCGCCAUGAGGUGCGCUACGGCUGCCUGCGGGAAGACAGCUGCCACUUCGCCCACAGCUUCAUCGAGCUCAAAGUCUGGCUGCUGCAGCAGUACUCAGGCAUGACCCACGAAGACAUCGUCCAGGAAUCCAAGAAGUACUGGCAGCAGAUGGAAGCCCAUGCCGGGAAGGCCAGCAGUGGCUUGGGUGCCCCUCGGACACACGGGCCCAGCACCUUCGACCUGCAGAUGAAGUUUGUGUGUGGCCAGUGCUGGAGGAAUGGGCAGGUGGUGGAGCCUGACAAAGACCUCAAGUACUGCAGUGCCAAGGCCCGGCACUGCUGGACCAAGGAGCGGCGGGUCCUUCUGGUGAUGUCGAAGGCCAAGAGGAAAUGGGUGUCAGUGAGGCCACUGCCUUCCAUUCGCAACUUCCCACAGCAAUACGAUCUCUGCAUCCAUGCGCAGAACGGCCGCAAGUGCCAGUACGUGGGGAACUGCUCCUUCGCACACAGCCCGGAGGAGAGGGACAUGUGGACGUUCAUGAAGGAGAACAAGAUCUUGGACAUGCAGCAGACCUAUGACAUGUGGCUGAAGAAACACAACCCAGGGAAGCCAGGGGAAGGGACCCCAAUCAGUUCUCGGGAAGGGGAGAAGCAGAUCCAGAUGCCCACAGACUACGCCGACAUCAUGAUGGGCUACCACUGCUGGCUCUGCGGCAAGAACAGCAACAGCAAGAAGCAGUGGCAGCAGCACAUCCAGUCCGAGAAGCACAAGGAGAAGGUCUUCACCUCCGACAGCGACGCCAGCGGCUGGGCCUACCGCUUCCCCAUGGGGGAGUUCCGGCUCUGCGACAGGCUCCAGAAGGGCAAGGCCUGCCCAGAUGGGGACAAGUGCCGCUGCGCUCACGGGCAGGAGGAGCUCACCGAGUGGCUGGACCGGCGUGAGGUGCUGAAGCAGAAGCUGGCCAAGGCCCGCAAGGAUAUGCUUCUGUGCCCACGGGACGACGACUUUGGCAAAUACAACUUCCUGCUGCAAGAGGAUGGGAACACCGCUGGUGCCGCCCCGGAAGCCCCUGUGGCCACCGCUGUCACCGGGGAGUAGGGCCAGAUCUGGGCCCUCGGGUGAAGUCCUAGGGUCAGGGGCAGGGGUGGGGACAGAGGGCCUGAUAGGAGGGUCAGGGUAGGCUAGGGCUGGGGGUGGGGGGCCGCCCUCCUCAGGCAGCCCCCGGCCCCCUGGGGCCCUGUCCAUCCUCUCUGCCCCCACCACCUGUGUGCAUACCCAGGUGCACGUGCUGCAGCCCUAAGCGGUCCCAGGGUCCUCAUCCUGCUGGAACCCCGGGCAGAUACCCCCCAACCCCCGGCUCUUCUGGCUGUUGAGGGAGGGGCCUGGCCGACCCCUCCAGCUUCAGCCUACAGCUUUAACUUCUGUCUGGUCCUAAAGGGGGCCCAAAGCUCAGGGCUGGGGAGCCUGGGGUCCCCACUUGAAUCUGCAGCAGGAGGGUCCUUCUCCCUGCCCCACCCUCCCCCCAUCCUCACCUCCCCUGGAGGGGAGGGCAGAUCAGGACACAACAGAGGGCUGGAGGCCCCAAUUAGCUUUAAAAUGCAGCCCCAGGAUGGAGCUGGGAACACAAUACAGGUCGCUUGCCCUCUGGGGCCUCAGUUUCCCCUGUGGUUAGAAGAGUGGGAGGGGCUGGGCUUGAUGAUCUCUGGAGCUUCUCCAGUCAGGCCACCAGCCCAGCCCUCCUCCUGUGGGCCACGGAAUGUGGACUGUAGGUGCUCAGAGUCCUUGGAGAUGACUCAGCCCAAAAGCCCUUACUGCAGAGAGGGAGACUAAGACCUGGGAAGGACGGGUGUUCUGCCAGGCUCUCCAGCCCAGGGCAUGAGGUAGAGCCUGGAGGCAAACUAUAGUUGAAAGGUUAAAGACCAGAUGUCUGCUGGACCCUCCACGCUCUGGGCAGGUCCAUGACAGUCUCCAUAUCAGUGUGGCAUUGGGUCCCAGGCAGCGCCCCCCUGUGGGCUGAGGAAGGGAGGCUCAGGGGGCUGGUCAUGUCAGCACCCUGCAGAGGGACUGUCCCCUCCUUAGGAUGGUGGUGGGGAGUGUGGCAGCAGGUUACUUCCCACGCCCACUUGGGGUACUGGUAAAGGGCUGGGCACCCAUGGACGCACCUUCUGCAGGAUGAACCAGAAGGAAGGGGAAGUGUGGGGGUCAGGGAACACGGAGAGAAGGGAGAUGAUGCUGGGCACCCAGCAUGGCCCUCUCCCUCCUCUCCCCAGACCUAGACGUACAGUUGUGCCUGUCUGUCCUAGCCUUCCCUGAUUCCCUGCCCCACCAGCUGCCUGGGACCUCAGCCGACCCCCAGCCCCUGCCCCUAGCCACUAAGCCCUGUCCCAUCCGUCUCGUCUGACUUGUCUGCGUGCGCCCCUUCCUCUCCAUCCCACUCCCUAUGGGCAGACCCAGCCUCUCCUGGUUCCCAAGACAUUCCAGAUUGUCCCACGCGGUUGGCACAAAGAGUGGGGCCCCCCCGGAAGGAACCGGGGACCACAGCAGGAGUCAGGUGUGGGGGUGAGACAGAAUGGAAUGCCCUUCAUUUCUCCUCAAGCAAGGAUCGAUAGUGAGCGAUGAUGUGAUUCUGGGCACCCGGGCACAGAGAACCCGGUUUCUCUAGCCUUCACUGCCCAGCCUUCCCCAGUAACCAUGGCAUGCACCCUUUCCUCUCCCAGCCCCCUUCCCCCAGCGGGCCCGCACCCCGGUGCAGGCAGCAUAACUGGAGGGGAGGAAAGACCACACCCAAGGUGAGGGCCGUGGCUGUGAAUGUCGAUGACACUUGUUUUCCCUGAUCCGUGGUGUAGCAGUCUGUCGUCACCAGCCUCGUUUUUAGUGUGUAUAUAUGUCGCCCCCGUGAUGCAUAUAUACACAGGUAUUAAAUAUAUCGCUCUAUAUAAUAUUAUAUAUGUGUGUGGUAUCCAAGGAAUGACUUCUAAUGAGGGAUAAGAUAAAGAAUUUGGCCAGAAAAUGCAGCCAUCCUGGUGUAAUUAAGAGGGGUUUUUCAGAUGCAGGGACUUAGAGCCGUGGGUUGGAGGGGGGUUGGCAGCGGGGGUGGGAGGGGCCCCUCCUGGGCCCGGUUUCCAGACCAUUCUGGCCUCGCUGGGAGAGAGCACUGGUGCUCCAGGAAAGGAAAUGAUUGGUGUUUGUCUCCCGCCCAGAAGAAUAGGAUUAGAGUCCAGAAUUUUCUUCUUCAACCUGUUAUCCAUCCAGGGGCCCUUGGGAUCUGGGGCUCCCUGGCCUGGCCAGAGAUGGAUCCCCCUUGCCCCGGGGUUGGGAAGAGAGCAAGAGGCAGGGGGUUGGGGGGGGACAGGAGUCCACUUUGAAUGAUGAGGGUGAUUAUUUCAGUCAUGACCCCGACUGGGAGGCUUGGAGAGUUGAAUCAGGGGCCUGUGCCCACUGCCAGCGGGCAGACGAGACUUCAAACAUGGUGCGGUGGGGGGGCAGGUGCCCCAACAUGAGUGUCCCUUUGGGGUAGGGGAAAGAGGGAUGCUGCAUUUCUCAGCUGGGCAGUAAUCAAUUUAAUGGUCCUUUUAAAAUGCCUGUGUAUUAAAAAUUUAAGAAUACCACACUUUAAUAUUAAAUAUUCAUAAGGUCUAGUAUCUUGAUAAUAAUGUAGAUGUUUUAAUAACAAUUUUUGUCCUUCUUAAAAUAAAAUGAAAGAAACUUGA